UAUGGGACUGUUUAUGUUGCCUAUAACAGGGAAAUCAAAAAAUUAUGUGCAGUCAAGGAACUUAAAGAUGUUUUCAAACUUGAAAAUGGAGAAUCUAUAAGAAAGGAAAUCAAAAUUCUCAGCCAACUGGAACAUCCCAAUAUUGUGAAAUAUUUUGGCAAUGAAAUAGCUGGACACCACAUUUCUUUAUACAUGGAGUACAUCAAACCAGGUUCACUAAAGAAAUAUAUAUCAGAACGAGGUAUUUUAUGUGAACCUUUA